AUGCCAAAACCACCCCCAGCCCCACCGCCACUCACGCCCUCGAAGCCAACUCCUCUCCCCGGCCACGGUUCAAUCCACGCUCGCCUCCUGCCCCCCUCGCAGACCACCCUCCCUCACCUCCACUUCACUUACCCGCUAAAACUAAUAUCCAUCCCGUCCCCGCCAUCAACAACCAACACUUACCAGACCGUCUUCCAACUGACCUAUGGCGGAGGCCUCGUCUCAAACGACCAAGUUUACCUACGCAUUGUGUUGGAACCGAGUUCGAAGUUAUGCUUGUUAACCCAGGGUAGCACCAAGAUAUUCAAACAAAAAGUCGAGGGAGAUAUCGCACGGCAGGCGCUUGACGUGAGGUUAUGUCGGGGGGCAAGGUUGUUGUUGUUGCCGGACCCGCUACAGCCAUUCGAGGGGUCGGUGUUUUCGCAGAUUCAGAGAUUUUGGUUGCAAGAGGACGAAGGGGAAGGGGAAGGGGAAGGGGGGAUGGUGGUGUUGGAUUGGGUCACUGAAGGACGAGCAGCGAGAGGGGAGAGGUGGGAAUUGGAGAGGUUUGAAAGUCGGAAUGAAGUUUAUUGCACUGGUUCUGGGAGGUUAUUACUGAGGGAUGCGCUCGUGUUAAACUCUUUAUCCUCCACCAACACCCGGGAAGAGAGCUUGCGCGGCAAAAUGGACGGCCUGGUAGUCUUCGCGACGUUGAUAAUUCGAGGUUCCGCAUUCGAGAGGUUGGCUACUUUUACAAAAGAUAAGUUUUCGAACGAGCCGAGGAUUGGGGGAAGGAAUUUUGACACUGGUGGGAAGGUGGGCGGCGCUAAUGGGAGGAAGAGGAGGGAUGUGUUAUGGACAGUAUCGGAGGUGAGGGGGUUUGUGCUGGUGAAGGUUUCCGGCUGGGUGCUUGAGGAGGUCAGAGGUUUUUUGAGAGAGGUUUUGAUAGAUGGUGGUGAUGUGAUUAGCGAGUUUGGGGAAGAUUGUUUGUUAUGUUUGCGGUAGUAAUAGUGGGUUAUUAUGGGAUAUGGGUGCUAGAGGAGAUUGUAUAUAGACUUGGAAGGGAGAAGGGGAGUUUCUUGCGAGUGUAGAUAUCCUAGUCGAUAGGACUGUAGAGUUAUUUGUAGUA